UGCAGUCAGUGAAGUCAGUCUCUUCACACAUUGGACACCGACACAUCAGACAUGAUGUGGGCCUUCAUUGCGGUUUUUGUCCUUCUGACAGGACGUGCACACAGUAUGGGGGACGUUGCGCAUCUUGUUUGUGAAGAGAAUCAUGUCGUGUCUCGCAUUGAAAGCUCCCUCAGUCUGAAUGACAGCGAUCGUCAAUGGGAAAUUGAAUGCAAGGAGUUCGUCACGGAAGAUUGCGCCUGGUCAAGCUUCCACAGCUUACAUGAGCAAGAUCUCAGCUUCAAAUGUCCAGCCAAUCAGGUGGUUGCUGGCUUCUUCAGUGAUUCCAUGAAGAAACGGGGAAGCAGAAGGUGGAAUAUCUACUGCUGCUCUGCACCAGACCUGACCACAUUUGACUGCCAGGAAACCCCAAUGCUCAACGAAGACUUCAACUGGAACAUCCCUGAAGACAGCUUCCUAACAGGCAUUCAUGCAAAGAACAGCAAGAAUGACGAAGGAGACCACCGCUGGAGCUUCACUCACUGCAGAGGAACAACAGGGGACUCCCAGUCAAUCAAUUCCAAGAUCCUUGCUGUGAACAAACCAAUAGCAGGCCGUUUCAUUCAAGGAGAUGUUGUUAUCAAAAGAGGCAGGAAUGCAAGGGUCUGUGAUAACUGCAAAUGGCCGAAGACGAGGGGUCGGGUUAAAGUGCCAUAUACAUUGGAAAAUACCUUUACCACCUUCGAAAAGGACACGAUUCUCCAAGCUAUGAAGGUCUUCCAUCAGAGCACCUGCAUCCGGUUUGUUCGUCGUAGACGUCAAACAGACUUUGUCGAGAUAAUCAAAUCCUCCGGAUGUUGGUCAUAUGUUGGAAGAAUUGGAGAGACUCAGCAGCUAUCUAUAGGCGAAGGAUGUGCUUACAAUGGCAUCGUUCAGCAUGAGCUCAUUCACGCACUCGGCUUCUGGCAUGAGCAAAGUAGAAGUGACAGGGACUUUUAUGUUAGGAUCAACUAUGAAAACAUCAUUGAACAAUACAUACAUAACUUCAAUAUACAGAACUCAAACAACCUCAAUGUCCAAUAUGACUACUCCUCUGUGAUGCAUUACGGACCAACUGACUUCUCAAAGAACGGAGAGGAUACCAUCACUCCCCUCUCGCCCUCAGCACAAAUAGGCCAGAGGUUUGGCAUGACAGAAGAUGACAUUCUGAAGAUCAACAAGUUGUAUGGCUGCACGGAUAACCUGCGUAAAAAUGAAGAUUGGGACAAUAAGUUCCAUCGCAGAUUGCAUCGCAAGUGUCCUCCUGGACAAGUUGUUUCCAGCUUUGCGAGUUUCUACAAUAAGAAAAAGAAAGAUCGAUUGUGGCGGAUUUCCUGCCAGGCCUUCAAUUCAAGCGAGGAAUGCCACUGGUCACCUUUUGUGAACAAUUAUCAGGAAAAUAUUGACUUCAACUGUCCUGACAACGAAUUGAUUGCAGGGGUCAGCAGCACACACAGCAAACGCAAGGCGGACAGGAGAUGGAAGUUUUACUGCUGCAGUUUCUCUGAUUUUACCACGGCCAACUGCACAACAUCAGCAGUGGUCAACACCGGUGGGGAAUACCUGAGCUUGUCAGUCCCCAGCAGCAACUUCCUGACAGGAGUGAAUAGCUCCUAUGAUAUGGAAACUCGAGAUCGUCAAUGGAGUUUCUCAUACUGCCAGGGGAGCACUGACAACGUACCAUGAUACCAGAUGCACGGUAUCAUAAUAAGCAUGAAGGGUGUUUUUCAUAUUGUUUUAAUCCAUUUUCAUGAGCACAACUGGUUGAACAACAUGGGGAAAAAGGUAUAUUAAAAAUAUAUAGAAAUUACUAUCUAUGUCCUACAAAUGGGAAUCAGAAAUUUAAGGCAUUUUAUUAUCGUGGCAACUUUUUCACCAUCACUCGUGGGUAAAUUAUGGCCUGCAUUUAUCAAGAUCAGAAGUACUGAUGUAAGAUCAUUAAGAAAGUUCCCCCAGCAGUCUCCUCUAAUUCUGACCUGAAGUGUGGUUUUAGUAUGUUGAUGUGAGGGAGUAAUGUUUUCUUUGGAGUUGUCCCGUGUCCUUUGUUUAGCAUAGGUGGCAGAGUAGAUAUGUCAGGUGUUGGUCUUUAUGUCUUGUGCUCUGUCUCUCUCACAGUCUUUUAUUAGGUUUGUAACGUUAAAUGUUUGCAUAUCGGUGUUUUGCAAUUCAUUUCUAAUCUCGAUUAGAUCAUCAGGUCGUUCUGUCAGGUGAAACAUGAAAUUCAUUGGGGUGAUUUCAUUUAUGUGUAACAAGUAUAACAUUCAUUUAUGGAAACUAUGUCUGCUGUAUCGUUAUGUAAUCUCCAUAGAUAUCAAGACUUGAAUGAAACACUGGGUUUUCUGAGCUGGGCUUUACUGUACUGACAUGGAAAUAAAGUCAA